CUAAAAUUUAUAUGUAGAGAUGGGGUCUCCCUAUGUUCCCCAGGCUGGUCCUGAACUCCUGGCCUCAAGCCGUCUCCUGCCUCGCCUUCCCAAAGUGCUGGAAUUAUAGGCAGGAGCCACUGCGCCCGGCCAGUGCUGGAGAAUGUAAUGGAGAUGAUCCUGCCUAUCCUUGAGUUCCAGUCUAGUUUACUGUCAGAGAAUACUUAUUUCAAUUUUUCCUAUUUUGUUCUCGAGUCUCUUUCCUCAGAUUUACUUUUCUAUUUAAAUGACGUUCGCGGCUUUUAAAUUUGCAUUGUAAAAUUUAUUUUGGCUCUCCCCGCCUGUUUUUUGCACAUUAAAAAUGAAAACUUUUGUAGAACUAAGCUAAGCAGAUGGUCUUCCUGCAAAAAGAUUGGGCUGAACUAAAGCAUUGCUUUGGAGCUGGUUCACAGAAAAAAGGCAAAACUGGUUAUCCCGACUUCAAGCUCCAAAAUAAACUGCUUUCUUUCUCCGGGAAGUUUUCCCCGCCACACACACUUGACUGCGUGGCCAGUCCUUUCGAUGCCUCUCGCUCCCAACACGGAGUUCCUCUCAACACGGAGUUCCUCUCAUUUCUUCACAGUCAGCUCUCAGCUGCUGCUGCUAGUUUGUCGGCUCCAGCACCACGGGUACAGCACUCUGAAGUUUACAAAGCACUCUGCAGCACUGACUGUGAUCCUCACAGUCCUGUCCGGUGGCCUCCCGCAGGUGGUAGUGCAGCUUUUCAGGCCCGGAGCGGCCAGGAGCUAAGCCCGCAGACCCGCCUGGAAGCGCAGCGCGGACGGUCGCGCGACCCCGCGGCAUGGAGGCCUGGGCUUCACCCAGAGGCGUUCGACCACCGUCCAGCCGAGCCUCACGCCGGAUGCCACUUCAUAUUUGGGCCCAGAGCUCAAUUCGCACCGAUGCGGUCCGCCGUCCUUAAACCUAUUCAGCCAGAAUCUCUCCCCGACUGUAAAGCAACUCUGGGCGGGAGCUGCAACCUCUCGGCGUCAGUCUUCUGGAGUCGCCGACAUUCAGAGAGGCAAGACCCGGGAACGCGCGCUGUCUUGCUUUACGGCACGGGUGCGCGAGUUUGCGGCAGCGUGACGCCAGCAAGUUUUGGCGGGAAAAGCGCUGCAUUUGGAUUCCUGCAGUGGUGGGCAAAGGACAGUCCGCCGAGCUCCGGUGGAGUCAUGGCAGUGCCCUUUGUGGAAGACUGGGACUUGGUGCAAACCCUGGGAGAAGGUGCCUAUGGAGAAGUUCAACUUGCUGUGAAUAGAGUAACUGAAGAAGCAGUCGCAGUGAAGAUUGUAGAUAUGAAGCGUGCCGUAGACUGUCCAGAAAAUAUUAAGAAAGAGAUCUGUAUCAAUAAAAUGCUAAAUCAUGAAAAUGUAGUAAAAUUCUAUGGUCACAGGAGAGAAGGCAAUAUCCAAUAUUUAUUUCUGGAGUACUGUAGUGGAGGAGAGCUUUUUGACAGAAUAGAGCCAGACAUAGGCAUGCCUGAACAAGAUGCUCAGAGGUUCUUCCAUCAACUCAUGGCAGGAGUGGUUUAUCUGCAUGGUAUUGGAAUAACUCACAGGGAUAUUAAACCAGAAAAUCUUCUGUUGGAUGAAAGGGAUAACCUCAAAAUCUCAGACUUUGGCUUGGCAACAGUAUUUCGGUAUAAUAAUCGUGAGCGUUUGUUGAACAAGAUGUGUGGUACUUUACCAUAUGUUGCUCCAGAACUUCUGAAGAGAAGAGAAUUUCAUGCAGAACCGGUUGAUGUUUGGUCUUGUGGAAUAGUACUUACUGCAAUGCUUGCUGGAGAAUUGCCAUGGGACCAACCCAGUGACAGCUGUCAGGAAUAUUCUGACUGGAAAGAAAAAAAAACAUACCUCAACCCUUGGAAAAAAAUCGAUUCUGCUCCUCUAGCUCUGCUGCAUAAAAUCCUAGUUGAGAAUCCAUCAGCAAGAAUUACCAUUCCAGACAUCAAAAAAGAUAGAUGGUACAACAAACCCCUCAAGAAAGGGGCAAAAAGGCCCCGAGUCACUUCAGGUGGUGUGUCAGAGUCUCCCAGUGGGUUCUCUAAGCACAUUCAAUCCAAUUUGGACUUCUCUCCAGUAAACAGUGCUUCUAGUGAAGAAAAUGUGAAGUACUCCAGUUCUCAGCCAGAACCACGCACAGGUCUUUCCUUAUGGGAUACCAGUCCCUCAUACAUUGAUAAAUUGGUACAAGGGAUCAGCUUUUCCCAGCCCACAUGUCCUGAUCAUAUGCUUCUGAAUAGUCAGUUACUUGGAACCCCAGGAUCCUCACAGAACCCCUGGCAGCGGUUGGUCAAAAGAAUGACACGAUUCUUUACCAAAUUGGAUGCAGACAAAUCUUAUCAAUGCCUGAAAGAGACUUGUGAGAAGUUGGGCUAUCAAUGGAAGAAGAGUUGUAUGAAUCAGGUUACUGUAUCAACAACUGAUAGGAGAAAUAAUAAACUCAUUUUCAAAGUGAAUUUGUUAGAAAUGGAUGAUAAAAUAUUGGUUGACUUCCGGCUUUCUAAGGGUGAUGGAUUGGAGUUCAAGAGACACUUCCUGAAGAUUAAAGGGAAGCUGAUUGAUAUUGUGAGCAGCCAGAAGGUUUGGCCUCCUGCCACAUGAUCGGACCAUUGGCUCUGGGGAAUCCUGGUGAAUAUAGUGCUGCUAUGUUGACAUUAUUCUUCCUAGAGAAGAUUGUCCUAUUCUGCAAACUGCAAACAGUAGUUCCUGAGUGUUCACUUCCCUCUUUAGCCAAACAUCUUCCAAUUUAUUUUGUUUGUUCUGCAUACAAAUAAUACCUAUAUCUUAAUUGUAAGCACAACUUUGGGGAAAGGAUGAAUAGAAUUCAUUUGAUUAUUCAGGUGUGUUUAGUAUCCGAAUUUGAAACUCAUCUUGUGGAAACCAAGUUUCAGGGGACAUGAGUUUUCCAGCUUUUGUACACACAUAUCCCAUUUUUAUCAAAACAUUUUGUUUAAUCCAAAAAGUACAUAUUUCUUCCAUGUUGAUUUAAUUAUAAGAUGAACCAAUAAAGACAUAAUUCUUGUGACUUUUGGACAGAUUUAUCAGUCUGUGAAGCAAAGCCAGCUUCAAAACAUAUCCCCAAGAUUUAUACUUAUAUUUUCAAAAGGGCCUGGCCAGUUAUAUAAACCUGUUUUUGAAUUAUAAUGAUUAAUUGAAAUUGCAAGUAGGCAUUAUUUCCAGUGUAGUUAGUAAAAUAAAUACUCGGUCUUUCAAGGAGAAGUUGAGCAUAAACUCUAGUGUUUAACUAACCUUACUCUAAAAAUUACUGUUGAACAUCUUAAAUAUUUUUCUGUAUUUUCUACUUUCAUAGCCAUAUUUUAGCUAACCUUUUGAACUUACUAGUGACCAAGCUUUUAGGUGAUAAAGAAUAAAAGAGGGAAGGGAAGAGUAAGGAAGCUGUAAGAAAAAUAGAUCUGAUUCUUUGUUCCUUUACCUAUUAGACUUACAAAAACUUUGUUUUUCUAAUAAAAUCUGUAUUAACUUUGGGGUAUAUUAGGUUGAAGCCUUGGACCCUGCCUGUAGUCCCAGCUACUUAGGAGGCUGAGAAAGGAGGAUCACAUGAGCCUAGAAAUUUGAGGCUGUAGUGAGCUAUGAUUGCACCACUGCACUCCAGCUUGGAUGAAUAAACAUUUUUAAAAUUGUAAAACAUUAUAAACUUAAUCAGUUAUUUUAAUCAGAAGCAAAGAACAUAUAGAAUGUUACGAUUAGAGUUUAUCACGUAUUAAUGUAUACUGGCAAAUUGUGUUACUGGAGUAUACCCUUAGGAAGAAUAAAUUUGAACCUGUUUUAUUUAUUUGAACUAUUUAGGGUAUGCCUAAGAAUUGAGUCAGUAUAAAUUCUCAAAUAUGGGAGAAAUUUUGUUCUUGAGAAUUAUCUGAGUCAGUAUCUUUCAAAAACAGUUCAAGUCACUGACUUGAACCUCUUCUGUGAGCUCUAGGCUUUUACUUACUUUACAUUUCCACUUGAAUGUCUAGUAGGCAUCUCGUGACCAAAAACAGUUUUUGAUUCCUGUUCUCCAACCUGUUCCUCUCCUAGUUUUCUCCUUCUCAGAAAUGUUACUUCAGCUCCUCAGUUCCUUAAACCAAAACCCUAGGUCAUCCUUCAUUUUUUCCCCCCAUUUUCUACAUUCAGUCCAGCAGAAUCUAUUCAAUUUAACAAAUACAUUCAAAAUAUGUCGCACUUCCCACCUCUGCUAGUACCACUCCAGUUGAAGGCACUGUCAUCUCUCUGUUUAUAUUACUUAUCCCUCAGCAGUUUAUAUUCCAGAAAAGCAGAAUGAUCCUUUUAAAAUGUCAAUCAGAUAUCCCUUGUCCUGUUCUCAAUUCACAUGGCUUUUUAUCACACUUAAAAUAAAAUUCAAAACUCGGUGUAUAAGCUAUACGGCUCUGUGUGAUCUGUCGUGGUGUAUAAGCUCUACAGCUUUAUGUGAUCUGUCUCCUGGCCACUAUUCUGGCUUCAUGUGCCACUCCACUCCUUGUUCAUUCUGCUCUAGCCACAUUGGCUUUGCUCUUCUCACAAGAAGAUAAGCACAUUCCCUCCUUAGGGUCUUUUCACUUGCAGUUCCCUGUACCUAUAGUACUUUACUUCCAAAUAUUUGUGUGGCUUGUGCUUCACUUUAGGUAUCUGCUUAAAUGUCACUUCCUCUGCAAAGUCUUUCCCUGACUUAUCUUAUCCUUUGUCUCUCCUUUUCCUUUAGUUUUUCAUCAUAAUACUUCUUACCUGACAUUAUAGGAUAUUUUUGUUUAUUAAAUUUCUGCUUCUCCCAUUGGAAUAUGUAAUAUAUAAGCUCCUAAUAUAUAAACUCCUUGAGAUCAGGCACCCUUUCCUUCCUAUUCAGUUCCGUAUACCCAGCACCUAGAAAUGUGCCUGAUAAUGUUACUGUAUAGAUUAAAUAGCUGUUCAACAAAGAAAUCAGCACUCAGUUGAUCUGAUCUAUCCUCAGCACAUAUCUGGAAGCUGUCUAUGUCUGUUUUCAUUGUUGGCCACUCCUGUUUAAUCUCCUUAAUCUCCUCCCUGGAUUUCUGUGAUAAAAACUAGUCUUUACCCUUUCACUUUUGCCAUUGCCAACUCCCUUCUUCUGAAGGAAUCUUUUCUUUUUAUAACCCCUAAAAAUUUUUUUUAAUAUAAAUUUUCCUGUGGCCCUCUUUUUCUUAAAAACUUAAAAUAGCUUCUUAUUGCAUCUAGGCUAGAAUCUAAACUUUCUGCUAUGACUUAACCUGGCCCUCCAUAAUGCACCCUCUGUCCUUUUUGCACAGAGGAUUCUAGGCAGAGUUGCCUGCCUUCUGUCUGCUAAGGCACACCUCCCUCCAGGGCCUUGGUGCUUAGUGGUCCCUGUGUGUGGAACCCGUUUCAGUAGUUUGCACGGCUGACUGAGCAUUCACAUCUCAGCCCCAGUGUUUCUACCACUGAGUCAUUGUCACUUUAUUCUGUUUCCUUUAUAGAAUCGAUCAUUAUACAAUUUCAGACAUUAUAGAAUGUCUGAAAUUAUUAAUUGCCUGCCUCCCCAACCAAAAUGUAAGCUUAGAUUUUGCCAUUCCUUUUCAUCCUUGUAUAACUUAUAUAAAAACAGAACCUGGAAUAUAAUAAGUACUAAAGAAAUAUUUGUUGACUGAAUGAUUGAAUGUUGAAUACAUGAAUAAAUCAAUUGACCAUCCCAUGAGGAAGAUGCCACAGAAUAUUGUAAGGGGAAGAUUAAUAGAUGGAUAGUAAACUGUUUGCAUUGGGAAUUUGUAUAGAAUGGUGGGAAAAGAAAUUUCAAGUUUCAGAUUUGGAUUAGCUCUGACAUUUAUCUGAACAUUGGCAAUUGCCUCAGUAAAGAGACUGAUAACAAGUACCUUUUAAAGUUAAUCUUUAAUGCUUUAAUGUAUAGGAAGAGUAUAGUGUCCUGUUUUACACAGAAAGGCAUUCUGUAAAUAUAAGUUGCCUUAAUUUUCCUGUAAUGUUCAUUAUAUUGUGGGAAGGUAUAUACUCCUAUUAUUAAAAAUAAAAAUGGGUAGAAUUUA